AUGCGGACCACUCUCAUCCUGUGCGUCCUCUUGAUCCUUGCCUUGUCCGGCGCCACGGGCCAGAAGUACUUUGGGGUGAACCAGCCGGGCCUCGCAUUCAGUUCGAGCAAGCUCCCGGGCACCGCGUGGAAAGACUACCCGCUCGUGGGCACCCCCUCGCUCGACUACUUCUCCCUCAAGGGCAUGAACACCGUCCGCGUCGGAGUGCUCUGGGAGCGUCUUCAGCCCGUGCUCAACGGUGGCAAUGGCCCCUUCGAUCAGACCUACGUCGGUCAAUUGAACACGACGGUCAACUACAUCACCAAGGUCAAGCUCCAGUACGUGCUGCUGGACGUCCACAACUACUUCCGCUACCGCGGCCAGCUCAUCGGAUCGGCCAACGUCUCCUACACGGCCUUCACCAAGUUCUGGUCGAAGCUGGCCUCGCUCUACGUCGACAACCCGAAGAUCAUCUUCGGCACCAUGAACGAACCCAACGGCGUCUCAGCCCUCAUGACCCUCACCGCCGCCAACGCCGCCAUUGCGGGCAUCCGUGCGUCGGGCGCCAAGGCGCACCAGCAAUUGAUUACGAUCAGCGGGAGCGGUUGGUCGUCGGCAGAGUCAUGGAUGGGGAGCAACAGCAACACGAUGGCGCCGUCCAACAUCACCGACCCGCUGAACAACUGGUACUACGAGAUGCACCAGUACUUUGAUGGCGCUGGGGGCACCACCGUGUGCAAUCCCGUCUGGAACGUUCAGGGCAAGCUCGGACCGGUCACCACGUGGGCUCGCACUAACAAAGCUAAGAUCUUCUUGGGCGAGUUUGGCCUCAACGACUCCGAUCAGUGCUUGGCUCUCCUGGAGACGCUCAUGACCUUCCUCAAGAACAACACGGACGUGUGGCACGGAUGGACGUGGUGGUCGGCCGGGUCGUGGUGGCCGGCGGACUACGUGAACCUGAUUGAGCCCAACGCCGAUGGGACCGACCGCAACCGGAUCAUGUCCACCCUCCGGAAGUACUUCCCCAGCGUGGCGCCCAGCCGCUCGCCCUCGCGCAGCCCGACCAGGACUCCCAGCCCUACGAGGUCGCCCUCGCGCACGCCGUCGACCACACCCACGCGCAGCCCGACCAGGACGCCCAGCCCUACGAGAUCGCCCUCGCGCACGCCGUCGACCACACCCACGCGCAGCCCGACCAGAACGCCCAGUCCGAGCCGGACCGCCUCCCCGAGAGUGUAG